UGCACUACAGAGCAGUUUUAUGUACACUGAAAAGGUAACAUGGGCCAGUUUUCUCUUGUCCUGCUCUUGCUUUCUGUCCAGUGGUCCUGUGCUCAGGAAGACCCUCUUCUGCCUUUCUCUGAACACCUGGACCCCGAGCACAAUGUGCGGCUGAAGUGGGGCUUUGAUGAGAUCCAGGGCACCAUCUUGUUCGAGCUCACUGUCAACACCAGCGGCUGGGUCGGUUUUGGCUUCAGCCCCAAAGGAGGAAUGACUGGAGCCGAUAUUGUCAUCGGAGGAGUUGGACCGAAAGGCAGUUACUUCACGGACCGUCAUGCUGGGGGGAAUUCAAUGCCAACGGUUGACCAGCAACAGAACUACAAACUCCUGUCUCUAACCGAGUCUGACGGGAAAACAGUCAUGAAGUUCCAGAGGUCCACUGAGUCUUGUGAUGAAAAUGAUUUACCCAUCACUAAUCUUCCCAUGAAGCUGAUCUAUGCGUACGGACAGAGCGAUGACAUCGUGUACCAUAGUAACCGAAGGGGAACGAAGGAGGUGAACCUGUUGAAGUACAUGCCUCGUGUCAACCCUCCAAACAGCAAGUAUUUCGACAUGACUAUGGUCAAUUUCACUGUACCAGACAAACAAACCUACUAUCACUGCAAGAUCAUGAAAGCCCCGACUUUUGAUCGCAAACAGCACAUUUAUCGCAUUGAGCCGUUUAUCACAAACUUCGACCUCGUGCAUCAUCUGCUGCUGUACCGCUGCCCGCCGAGUGUGACGGAGCCGUCUGAAGCAGAAUGUUACACAAAGUUGAAGGGUGAUUUGUGUAUGGAGACCACUGCAGUGUGGGGAGUUGGCGGAGGGGAUUUUGAACUCCCUGAGAUGGCAGGACUUCCAAUUGGAGGAAAUGUUGGUGAUGUUUUCUACAGGCUUGAAGUGCAUUACAACAACCCAAAUAAAAGUGCAGGUCGAGUUGAUAACUCAGGUCUGCGAUUCUACUACACAUCCGAACUCCGUCAGCAUGAUGCAGCAGUUUUAGGGACAGGGCUUGUAGUGGCCCCUGGGUACGCCAUCCCACCCAAAGCCAAAUCCUUCCUCACAUACGGCCUGUGUGACACUGCUUAUAUUCCACAGGUUCUGGAGACGCCACAUGAUCUUCAGGUGUUCUCUCUGAUGAUGCACACACACUUGGCUGGACGGAAGGUACGAGUCGGACACUUCAGAGGAGGAAAACAGAUCGAUUUCUUAGCUGUGGAUGAAAACUAUGAUUUCGAAUACCAGGAUGUGACAAACUUGGGCAAAACUAAGACAGUGAAAUUGGGUGACAAAUUGCUGGUGGAGUGCACUUAUAAUACUGAAAACCGCACCACACUCACAUGGGGGGGGCUCUCGACAUCAGAAGAGAUGUGUUUGGCCUUCCUCUUCUACUAUCCAGCUAUGAAUCUGAGCGGCUGUAUGAGCUUCCCUAAUGUAACUACUUUAAGAUCUGAGAUGGGAUCACCAAGUCUAAAUGCUUGGCGCAACAUGAUGAACAACAUGACUUGGAAUGACACAUCUAUCAAUCAAUACCAGCAAACACUGAAGAGAAUCGAUCAGCUUGUCAUAAUUGCUGAUUCAUUUACAAACAUAUCACGCAAAACAGGGACGAUUCCUGAUCUCAAAGUCAUCCCACCUGCACCCUGCAUGAGCGGUUGUGCCAUCAAAAGUCUUGCUUUGAUAUCGAUGCUCCUCUGUUUGGCAGUGCAUUGGACUUCUUCAUGAAAUGUUCAUGCAAAAUACUAAACCUGAUGCAACCUGUUGUUCUUUCAUUGUCUGUGAUUAAAAGACAACCAAUCUAGAUCAGAAGCUCCAGGCAGCUCCACCCUCAAUUACAACCAGAAGACAAUCCUACAAAAUUUACUUUUCACAUCAGGGAAUGUCAAAAGUGUGGUUUUCAGACCUAAAAAUAAUCAUAUUAAUAAAAUCUUAAAGGGUAAUGAAAAAUUCUAUAUUCAAUAUAAAUGUUUCUAAUAUAUCCUUUUCAGCGCAUGUUAAAUAAGCUAACACAAUAAAACUACACUGACAUACAUUUUAAUAAAUAAAUUACAUGCAUUCAUGUUGUUGACAUACAUUGAGAAUAUUUUUUCAAUGACAAAAUUUGUCAUUUUUAAAAAAAGUUUUAUAUGACAUUUUGCUGUUUGAUUAUUUGUUUCAUUAUUUUGUGUUUUGUAUUGAUUAAUUCAAACAUGCUUAAAAUGGCUUGGUUUUAACAUUUUCUAACAUGUUUUCAAUUUUUGAUUUGAAAUUCCUUGUGAUUUUUGUGGGGCAAAGUAGAAAACUGGGUAGGCUAUAACUGUUCUGAUAUUUAAAGGAAAAAUAAUAUUAAUUAAAAUAAUAAAAUUAUAUUUUAAAAAUAAA